AUGCCUGCUGCCGCAGAAGAAAAGGUGGGUGAUUUGACAUUAUUUUUCUAUGUUUUCAAUUCCAGGCGACGGCGAUGCUGUUGCAGUGCAUCGAAAAUGGCAGAGUCGAUAUUUUGUGCUCGAUUUUGUCCCAAAUGAGUUUGUCUUCUCAUACAAAAAAGGAGAGAAGGUCGUGAGUUACAGAGAACAAAGCCGAUUUCCACGAACAGGUGGACGUGAUCUGCUGCUCCGAGGGCACUCUUCUUCACAUAGCCGUCACUUUAGGUUGGAAGGGACUUUUUAAUGGAAAGUACAAAAUUUUUUGCAGAUUCGACGGACACAGUGUCGGCUCUUCUGGCCAAUGGCGUGAAUGCGUGUGUCCAGAACAACGAAGGAAAAACCGCCUUUCAAUGUUGCAAAUCAGACGCCGUCCGUAACGCUUUCGUUCAAGAAGUUCUUCGAGCCAUCACUAUGUCAAAGUAA